AUGACCCAUCCGGUAGAUCGCUCCGCAGCGGAGGUGGCCUUUUUUGGCUCCUCAAGCGCCGUUGGCGGUGGUUGGGCGGACGCGGCCAGCCGACUGUUCAUGGAGGAUGACGAAAUGGCUUCGUGGCUGAACUGCCAGAUCGGGAACGCGGAGAGCGGAGGCGGCGACCUCGAAGCGAUGAUGGCGAAUCAGGAGAUGACGGUGGUGACGCCGGGCGAGACUCCUGUGGCGGGGUCGACGGCGAUGGGGUCGAGCGAGACUCCGGAAACCGUCGUGAUCGUGGAAGACGACCAGCCACGGGGGUCCGCGUCGUCGUCGGGGACGGCGGAGCGCAAGCGGAAGAAGGUGAGUGCGGCGCGGGAGGAAGAGACGGACCGCCAGGUUGAGCAGAGGCGUCGGGAUAGGAUCAAUGCGAAGAUGAAGGCUUUGCAGGAACUCAUACCCAGAUGCAACAAGUCAGACAAAGCUUCGACGUUAGAUGAGGCCAUUGAAUAUAUGAAAUCUCUUCAACUCCAAGUCCAGAUGAUGUCCAUGGGCUGCAACCCUGGCGCUGUGAUGUUUCCGGGCGUUCAAACAUACAUGCCCCCCAUGGGAAUGGGCAUGCACAUGGGACUGGGCAUGGGGAUGGGCAUGGGGAUGGGUCUGGGGAUGAGAAUGGGAACUGACAUGGCUGGUGGCAAUAUACCCCGUCCAAUACUGCCAUUUGGACCCAUCCCUUGCCCGCCAGUUACUGCACAUCCACCAGUUCAGUUCGGCCCAAGACCAACAUGCACAACACCAUUAAUGCCAUCGUUCCAUCCAUCGCCUGCUAUGCCAAUUGCUGAUCAAGCCAGAUUCGAAGCUAUCAAUCAGCAAAAUCAUCUGUCCGAUACACUUAACAUACGAAGCCCAAAUAUGGGUCAAAUGCCACAUGUUGCUGAUCCUUUUCAUCAUUUUCUUAACCUUCAAUGCCCUCUAGUGCAAUCCCAGAGUCAAGUGCCGGAUGAAGCUGGAACCAGCAACAGGAAUGGGAACGUCGAUGGCAACAAUGGGUAUGCUGUACCUUCUGAAUGA